GAUCGAUCGAACUAUCUGCGAUGGGACAGACAUAAGCUGCCGCGUCUCCUCUUCGCCGAUUUCUUCUUGGGGCAAAAGCCGAGUGGAUCGCCGUCGAGAGAGAAGUCGUCGCGUCUCCUCUCCUAUCUAUUGUUUAUUAUAUCAACCGCCGGUGGGCUAGAAUCUUGCUACCCGAUACGUUAAACAUGAUGCUUUCCGCCUUUUGGCUUUUGGCCGCCAUUGGGCUGGCCUCUACCAGCGAAAUACCAGCUUCUGAUGCCGUGACCAGCCUUGAUCCAGGGUUGUUCUCAGGGGGAUGUACGCCGGAGAAGAUGAGCAUUCGAAAGGAGUGGCGGAAUAUGACCAAGGUUGAACAAAAAAGCUAUCUCAAGGGAGUCAAUUGUUUGAUGGAUCUUCCUGCGCAAACGGGGCUAGAGGCCACCACGAACCGCUUCAGCGAUCUGCAAGCUUUGCACCGUGCCCUUACUGACACCCCGGUGGGUGACAUUAUCCAUAGUGUGGGCCAAUUCCUGCCCUGGCACCGAUACUUCCUGCAUGUAUAUGAAACAUUGCUGAAGGAGCAGUGUGGCUAUACCGGCCCAAUGGCAUGGUGGAACGAGGCAUACGAUACGGAUUCCGGGAAUUUGUUCCGGUCGGAGAUGUGGGAUGCAGAUGCGUUUGGUGGCAAUGGCACGGAACCUGAUGGAUGUGUGACUGAUGGGGCCUUUGCGUACUACACGGAACAUAUUGGUCCCCAGGAACAAAACACGGUGUUCUGCAUGAACCGCAGCUGGGGAAAUUACGAGGCGAUAUUGAAUACUACCGGUGCGGCAGUCGCUCACUGCAAUACAUUCGACAGCUACGACGAAUACUUCGCUUGCAUUGCCGCCACGCCUCACCGAGGAGGUCACUGGGCGGUUGGUGGAGUGAUGGAGGAUGUAAAGACCUCGCCUGGUGACCCGCUCUUCUAUCUGCACCAUGGCUACAUCGACCGUCUGUGGUACCGGUGGCAGAUGCAUGAUCCCGCCAAGCGUCUGUGGGACAUGGGUGGCCCUGCCAUCAAUGAAUCGGCCAAUGUCGAGCCCGCAUCAGGCUGGCCGCAGACAACCCUCAAUUAUACCUUGACCACAUUCGAUAUAAUGCCGGAUGUCACGGUAGCCGACGUAAUGAACCCCGUUGGGGGAUACCUCUGCUAUAAUUAUGAAGCCUGA